ACUGGAACUCAGCACGCACCACGCAGUUGUUUGUAAUAAGGGGUCAAAAUGUCAUUUUCUUCUCUAUUUGGUUUAUUAUUGACAAACCUCCUGUUAAUUCAAGGAUGUUGGGGCGAAGAAGAAACAAAGAAUGUUAGUUGUGCAAGCCUCCAAACUGGAAAUACUUACAAAUACUGUGUAGAUGAGAAGGAGAAACCUAAAUGCGUGGAGUGGGAAUCAGUGGAUUCCAAUAAUUCUUCUAUGUGGCUUGCGGAACUUUGCCAACACAAAAAGACUACACCAGCACCCAAUGUGAUUGAUGUCAACUACUCAUGUAUCACCCUCCCAGAGUGUGUGAACGUAAACCAUAUUGCCAUAAGUGGUUUGACUAAUCAGGAGCAUUGGACCUAUUUCAUUGUGUCUGGUGCAUCAGAUGAGCCAAAUAAGCCUUUGGAGAAAUCGCCUGAGUGGCAGAAUAAAACUACAGAUAAUGUGAAGCAGGAUGCCGACCAGAAAAACCAAGACCAUAACAACACUCACCCAUGGCUCAUCCCAGUUGUAAUUGCUGUUGCCAUUAUAAUUUUGCUCGGUGUUGGUUGGUUAGUGGACAAAAAGCUGAAGAAGGGCACUAAGGACCAUACUGAUGACCUGCCUCCUGAUGCUGAGACUCUGGUUCAACCUCAGACGAAUGGACAGGUGCUCUCUGACCGCGACCAAGGAGAGGAAGGCGUACUAGGAGUGGAGGACGGAAAGCCGUCAGACAAUGACCAAGCAGACACUGAAUCCUGUCAGAAGACACAUGCUGAUUCCCCUCCACUGAAUAUACCCAAGGUUGUCAGGGAAUCACACCUGACCGAUGGGGCUCCAGGUCAGGGUGCUGGUGAGACUUCACCCCUCCUCUGCAGAAGCCCAGGAGAGGAAGGCGUGCUAGAAGGGGAGGACAGGAAGCCAGCAGACAGUGGGGAACAGACCCUGAAUCCUGUCAGAAGACACAUGCUGAACCCCCUGACAUCAGGUAAACUUCACUACAUCCAGUACUCAUUGAUGAUAACCGUCACCAAGGACAAAGGACCUAAUGACAUGGAGUCAAGAAGAGGAGAACUGUAA